AUGAUCCAAAACCAUUGUUAUUGCUUUUCUGGUAUUAUUAUUACUAUCUACUGCUGCCUCCUAAUCCACGCUCUUGCUUCUCCUGCACUCCACUUUUGCCGCCACGACCAGAGGAAGGCUCUUUUAGAAUUCAUAGACGAGUUUCCGACUAAUGAGUUUAACGCAAGUCUGUGGAAUAAGAGCAGUGAUUGCUGUUUUUGGGAGGGUGUCAAAUGCGAUUAUGAUAGAUAUGGCCAGGUGAUAUCGAGUGAUACAUAUGGCCAGGUGAUGUCACUCGACCUUUCUGAGGUGUUUCUCAACGGUCCUUUGAAAACUAAUAGUAGCCUUUUUAGACUCCAUUAUCUUAGUUACCCAAAGCUUAGCCUGUGUGAUCUCCAAGGAGAGAUUCCUUCUUCACUAGGAAACCUUUCUCGUCUCACAUUUGUUAACCUUUCUGGUAAUAAUUUGAUCGGUGAGAUUCCAGCAUCUAUAGGCUAUCUAAACAAUCUGAGUGAGCUUUCCUUUGAGGAUAACAAUCUUACAGGAGAGAUUCCUUCUUGGAUAGGAAAUCUGUCUAGUCUUACAAACAUUAACCUCGGAUCAAACGAGUUAUGUGGGACAUUGUAUCAUCAUCACAAGCCCAUUGUGUUUCAGAGUUUAAUAGCCUUGGAUUUAUCUGGAAACAGAAUUUAUGGCAACAUCCCUGUAUCCAUUGGCUUCUUGAAGAAAUUGUCUCUCCUCAACUUGUCACACAACGCAUUCACAGACGUUAUACCACGGAGCUUGGCAGAUUUAACAAACCUCGAGACGUUGGAUCUCUCGAGUAAUAUGCUGUCAGGUGAAAUCCCUCAAUAUCUUACUAGCCUCUCUUCUAUUUCAUACAUGAACUUCUCCCAUAACCGUCUCACGGGUCCAGUACCACGAGGCACACAGUUUCAAAGUCAGAAUUGUUCGUCAUUCAUGGACAACCCUGGACUCUACGACCUCCAAGAAAUCUGUGGAGAACUACAUGUCCCGGAGCCUACAUCACAACAACACGAGGAAAAAAUAUUCAACUGGGUUGCAGCUGCAAUAGCAUAUGGACCUGGUGUAUUCUUCGGAUUUGUGGUCGGAUAUGUUUUCACUUCAGACAAACAAGAAUGGUUCACAGAAAGGUUUGGUCGACGAAAACUCAGAGUGACCAGAAUUGCCCGUUAA